AUGUCUUCUAUGCCUUCUUCACCACCUUUCGAUUGGAGCUCAGAGAAUUCGAGCGGAGAAAACUCCAGAUCCCAACCACCUGGAGGUGGCGCCAGCUUGCAUGUUGGCGCAGCGGAUGUCCCUCUCAUUCCUGGUCACGUUACUGGCCACGACCCUGGUCACAUCGCUAGUUACAUCACUGAGCCCUUUGAAACCUCGAAUGAAAAAUUCCACCGAUUUGAUAACGAUCUCGACUUUGAAGGCACUCAUGGAGGAACGGCUUUGCUAUAUUUCACCCAGCACAGAAGGCCCCAACUUGAAUUUAUCCAGAGGCUCAUCAAAGACGGGGCCUCGCCCACAGCUCCAUGCCCCCAGAAGUGCUGCACACCGCUUAUCAAUGUUAUCCAAAGAGCAGACCUCAGUAGAGAAGAAGACAAGAAAGCUAUCAGGUAUCUCGCUCGCAAAGACAUAGCCAACGUCAAUUCAGACAAAUCUCGAUACGGUUCGGCCUUGAACAAGGCAUGUUACGAUGGCAAUUUGGCAAUGGUCAGAUUCCUUACUCGGGAGUGCGGCGCAAGCCCAAGUUUUUCCUCAAAAGGUUUGUUCGGCAGUGCCUUGCAGGCCGCAUGCCUAUCCAAGGCGCAUAAAGACGUCAUAUGCGGCAUGAUACAACAUCUCGUACGAGAAGCCAAAGCAGAUAUCAAUGCACAAUGCGGAUUCUUUGGCACGGCGGUUAACAUAGCUUGCCUGCUAAAAUCUGACGAACCUUGGUCGCUUAUCUUAGACGUGUCUAAAGGUCACUCGAAUAUCCCUGAUCCGAUGGGCCGUUUGCCAAUUCACUUCGCAGCCGUCUUCUCAUACCACAGAUACGAGCGCAUUUCCCAGCAGCCUCGAUUGAGGUUCUUGCCUUUGAAUUCCAAAGACAAGACCGGUCGCACUGUUCUACACUGGGCAGCUCAAAGCGGAGAUGUUGAGACCGUCAGCGAUAUUCUCACAUCUGACAAAAUCAAGCUUGAUAUCGACCAACCCGAUAAUGAUGGCUGGACGGCGUUAUGCUGGGCUGCUCGAGGUCUGACAUCAGGAGCAAAACUCGAUGAAAUUUCUUCUCAGGGUCAAACAGAUAUUAUUAAAUACCUUCUCGAGCGCGGCGCCGAUAACACGGUAUCGGUUCCGGGAGAUGAACUUCAGAGCUGGACUCCGUUGCAAAUCGCUAUUUUCCACAACAGUGGAGGAAAUGUUAUUGGGCCUUUAGCCAGAUCGGCUUCAGCGAAGGAAACAUCAAAAUUAUUCACGGAAUCAUCUUCUCUACGGACGGGCCAUGUACACAACAAACCAGCUUGCAUUUGUUGUCGAUCGCCCAUCAUCGGCACAGCAUGGUCCUGUCAGCAUCAUGAUUUCAAGAAGAGCGAUUCUGUGUUCGGCGAAGACCUCAAAAAGGAAGUCUUGAAGACAUGGAUGAAGAGAUGA